AUGGCAGAAAAUCCUCCAAACCCUCGUGCUGCGCAUGCAGCAUGUUGUGUAGAUACGCUACAACUUGUUGUAUUUGGUGGUGCUACAGGAGGAGGAAGUCUUAGUCCUGAGGAGUUAUAUUUAUUAGAUUUAAGAAAAGAGCCACACCUUCAAUGGUUAGCUGUACCCCUACAAGGAAGAACACCAGGAAGAAGAUAUGGUCAUGUUAUGGGGUAUAGGAGCGACCAUUAA